AACUUCGCCACGCAAUCGCCAUUUGUACGGGUCUACGAGGAGCACAGGAUGGCCGCGUUUGAGAACUUGAUGAAAAAGCUCUCCUCACCCUACUCCGCGAGCGAUGAAUGGAGUGGUGCGCCGAUGGAUGUCAUAUACGGAUAUGACUCAUCAUCUAAUUUGUUAUAUGUGCCUGCAGCAGUCCUACAACCGCCGUUGUACUCGCCGCAUUAUCCGAGGGUCGUCAACUAUGGCACCGCUGGUGUUAUGAUUGCUCGUGAGAUGGCACAAGCUUUCAGCGCCCAAUACCUAGAGUCAGUCAGCGACAAGUCGAUAUGUCCGAAAAGAACGCUUGAGCAAUAUUACGAACGUAAUCCCUCGUGUGCAAGAGUACGCCGGGAUGUCGACGGCAUUGACGAGGUGUCAUUGACAGCGGACAACGAAGAUUUGAAGGAAGGGAUCAUCGACAAGAUUGCCUUGAAAUUAUCAUGGAAGGCUUACUUGACUCACACAAAUCAAUUAAAAAUAGGGGACAAUUUGAAUACUGAGGAAGAGACGAGAAAAAAGAAACUGUUCUUCGAUUCAGCGGGUGUGUUUUUACGCACGAUUAUUUCGAAUUAUGACAUACGCAAAUGUGAGACUGACGACAUCAUGGAUUGUAGAAUGAAUCAUCUGAUGAAGAUGCCAGAGUUCCGCGAAGCAUUUCAGUGCAAUGACAUGGAGAAGGUGCGCUAAAAUGAUGACCAGAGGAGAAGAACAGAGAACUACUUAUGAUGCCAUCAGAGACCUUUGGUGUAAACAUUGUUUCUAGUUCACAAGUUUAACGCACUAAGCUGGAACUGUACGUUCUAAAAUAAAAUUUAUUGCUACUCGCA